CAUCAGCGGCAACGACCCGGACUGCUUCUGCAUCUUUUAAAAAUAAUGGCGGGACCUUUUGUAAUUAGAACGUCUCCUCUCGACAGCUUUUGAAACAUGUCGUUUGGAUUUUAGAACGCUUCAAACUAAUAUUUUUCUAAAUUUAAAUUAGCUUUAAAAUGCCUUUCCCCGAGAGAACCGUUGAGCCUCAGCUGGUGAGCAGGUUGAGAGGGAGCGAUGGCUCCGAAAAGACUUUCAUGACGCCGGAGGGUCGCAGAAUUCGCAAACCAAUUCUGUUCGCUUCUUUGGAAGACGUUUGUUGUCACACUUUCACCAGCGUUCUGCAUCAACUGUCCGAUUUAUCGCGGCAUGCCAGCAACAUAUUCCUGGAAAUCGAGACUCAGGCGGGGUUGAUUUCGAAAAGAACAUCAAGGAUUCAAGUGCGCUUGGAGAGAUUACAAGACAUCGCGUGCAAGUUUGAUCCCAAAAAUAUUAAAAUACCUGUGUCUAAUUUGGAUGAAGAGAAAAAGUGGACUGUACACUACACGGCUCCAUGGCACCAACAAGAGAACGUCUUUUUGCCGGGCUCCCGACCUGCCUGUGUGGAAGACCUGCACCGUCAGGCCAAAGUUAAUCUGAAAACAGCCCUCAGAGAAUGUGAUAAACUGAGGAAAGAUGGGUUCCGCAGCUCACAGUACUACUCACAGGGUCCCAGCUUCACAGGUCCCACACAAACUCAACAUGAGGAGGAGGACACUGAAGUUGAUGAUGCUGAUAAAAAGUCCAUUGCAUCUUCAGGAGAGGAAGAGAAGGACUCCUACCAAAUGAGGGAACAGAGUUCAGCACAGGGGGAGGGGGUUGAGGUUGAUGGUCAAGGGCCACAAACCAAAUCCCCACCCCUGCCCACUCCAGAAGAGAAGAUGAGGCAGCAGGCUCAGGCCAUUCUAACGGAUAUUAUCCCCAUCAAUGUCACAGGGGAGACAUUUGACAGACAGGCCAGUAUCCGCCGCUCCCUAAUAAACACUGACACUCUGACCCACCGGCCCAAGAAGGUUAAGCGGAGAAAGACUAUAUCAGGCAUACCUGACAGCGUCCAAUGGGAACUAGCAGCAAAAGGGCGUGGAGGCGAGCUUCGGCCACAGUCCAUGUUUAUCCCUGGACAGUAUUCAACACUUGGGCGAGUUGUGAGUGGGAAUUCAACUCUAUGUCGAUCUGAGACAAAAGAUUCUGGCUGUCAAACUGAGGAGGUGAAAAUCGUCCCACCUUCUAUGAGGAGAAUACGGGCUCAGAAGGGCCAAGGAAUUGCUGCUCAGAUAGCUGGCAUCUCCACCUCUGCCACCAGCAUCUCUGCUGUGUCUGAUGGGAGCUCCCUUGGAAGUUCAAUAAUUGGAAUGGCACCCAAUUUUAGUAAUGAUAGCCAGCGAUUCCACAGCUUGCCCAGAGGUGCACGGGUCUCUCUAAAUGCAGAGCUCCUAUAUAGUAGUACCCCAUUCAGGAAAGAAGAUUCCACAGCAAAAGCCCUUAAGCCAAUUGGAAAAUUACAGGUUGAUGACACUGUGGUGCACAUGAGGAGUGCCCCCAGGGCAUGCACCCUAACCCGUCCAAAGUCUCAGGAGGUGAGAGGUACUCAACGGGAAUGGGGAUCUGUCUCUGGUCCCGCCUGUGUAGUUUCUCCACAUGCAGCCUACUCAACUUCACUUAUACCUAAUGCUACUCUAUCAUGUUCCACUGAGGUUAUUGCACUUCAUACCACAUCAAGCUCUGGCCAGAGCCCAAUUGGUGGGUCACCAUACCCUAAAGCUAGGCCUCAUAGCAUGAUUUCAGCUGUCAACAGUGAGAGCACCAGUAGUGUGGCCACAGGUUCCAACACACCAGAAGCAGGCAUUAAGGAUACCUGCAGUGAGACUAGCCGGUCAGAUAGCAGUUUGCACAGCCACAGCACAAUUGCCGCAGGAACAAUAUCUUCGGACGAACAAUGGAUUUAUGACACCCCUGAAAAUGUGUUGCCCAGAAGGACACUGACUUCGAGCUGCUCAACACCCAUAAAUCAUUUCUAUAAUAGCCUUGAACGCUCCUCAAAAGGCACAGAUUCUAGUUCACUCUACUCUAUGGACAAUGAUGGCUAUUACACUUCCAUGCAUCUGGAUUCAGGCCUUCGGUCAAGGAGCCAGGGUAGUGGCCAUGGCCAUGGCACAGGAGGCAGGGCAUCAAGACAUAGUAUGUAUGAGUGCCUGGGUCAGCAAGAAGAUCAAACCAGCUUGUACAGCGACCGCUCACUGUCAUGCUCCAUCUCCCUACGCAAGCCUAAGAAGCCACCUCUUCCUCCAGCACGCACAGACUCUCUACGUCGAAAGCCUAAGAAAACCAACUCUCCCAAUGCUGAUACUGGAGGGUCUGUUCUGAAUGAGUCAUUGAUUGCCACACUCCAACAGUCAAUUCAGAAUGGGCUGAAAGGGAAAGGGUUGUCCACCUCACCAUCUCACAGUCCUUGUAGCGACUAUGAGGAUCACUGGAUGCUUCGUCCCAGGAGCCAGAGCAGCAUCAGUGCAGGCAGCAGUGGCAUAUCAGCAACAGGGAUGGCUAAUGUUUAUGCCAUCUGUCACGUCACGCCAUCUCACAGUGACACUAGUAGCCUGCGUUCUGAUUAUGCAGAUUCCUGGGGCUACUACAUGGAAUGCCCUUGUCCAUCUGGUGAUAAGACGCAGUCCCCAUGCAAUAAUGUACUAUCUGCAGGACAAGCAGCUGAGAUCGCAAAUGGAAGGGGUCUACACAGUGGUACCCAGACCACCCUUCUCCCUCCUCAGGAAGGAAGUGAUGUAUCUGUAAAGCCCAGAACAGGCAUCUCUUCACCAGACAGGGUGCAUCGGUUGACUUCUCCAUCAAGUGGAUACUCAAGUCAGUCCAACACUCCCACAGCUGGCACUCCUGUCCCCUCCUUCAUGAGAUGCAUGUCCCCAUCAGGCAGCAAGCCCAAGCCCAGAAUACCUGAAAGAAAGUCAUCCUUGAUCUCAUCUGUAUCCAUCUCCUCUUCUUCCACCUCUCUUUCCUCCAACACCUCUGAUUCCAUCAGGAACAAUGUCCCUCUGCCACCUCCUCUUCAGGCUGACCCUGUGGCUCAUUUAACUUUCAACCCUCCAUCCUAUCCUCCUCCCCUUCCUCCCUCCAGCCAUGUGUGCAAUGCAAAUGAGAUAUUUCCUCCUCCACCGGUUUUACAUAUGACCCCUCAUCAACAAGCAUAUAUGUACACUUCUGACAUACAAUCCUCCCCAGAAUUUCCACCUCCUCCACCUCCAGAGGUGUUGAUUGACCCUGCCUUGUCAAGCCUUAAUAGUUCUUUUAGCCCUCCACCUCCUCCUCUGCCACCCCUCCCUGCUUGUUCUAACAUCCCUCCUUAUCCCCCACCCCCAUUUCCAGUCCUAUCCAGUAUGACACCACCUGCACCAUCCUCUGCUAACUUGAAGAAAAUAAAGGGCAGCCUUAAAUCUGUGAACUCAGAGAGACGGCCAGUGUCCACUCAAUCCGAGGAGCCUAAGUCUGGCAUGCCACUGAUUACCCCCUUUGCCCUGCAGAGUGUGCAGCUUCGCUCUGUGAAGCAGCCAGAAAACAGUGAAGUUAUUUGCUCCAAAUCUCAAGAAAUAGUGGCUGACCAGAUGGUCAGUAAGUCCCAGACACCAGAGAAGCCUAAAAAACCAGAGCAUUCCUCAGUUCCUCUGGUUUCUUGCAUACCUUUAAAUAUAAAUGGAGAGAGUCAAGUUGCAGCCCAACAUGACUGUGCUGUAACAUCAGUGGAAAAAUUACAUUCUGAACUGAAAUCCAGCCUUACAUAUGGAUCCAUAGAUCUUGAUGACAGUAAGGCCACUGCUGAAUUUGAUGGUCAAGAGACUGACGUGUCACCACCAGUGGAAACACUUCAAAACACAACACACAAGAAAAAGCCUCCUAUGAUUUCCAAAAAGCCAAAGAUUUAUCUCGCCUUUUCCUCCUUUUCCACACCUGAAUGUAAAGUAGAAUAUAAUUCUACAACAUCCACAGGCAAGGAUGUCAGUGAUUUGCUGAGUGCUCAGAAUAGGGUGAUAAUUAAUACAACUACAAAAGAAAAUCAGGACACCACACCUGUGCCAGAAGAGGAGACAGAGAAUAAUAAAAGGAACAUUUCUGUACCCCCUGAGGAGAUUGACAUUUUUCCAACAAGCAUUAAAGCUCAGGAGUUCUUCCAGACUGUUCUUGAUAUGGGCAUGGUAACCUCUGAAGGAGAUGGGGAAGAAUAUGGAGGAGAUGAUGAUGAAGAUGUGACCAGCAGCACCGGAUCAGUUGGCUCCAAAGAUGAUGAAAGUGGUGAGGUCUUUGAGUCCAACACCUCUCAAGGCACCAGCAUCAACGGCGACUCCUGUAAGGAAAUGGUGACUCCCACACGGCCCAGAACCACAGAGGACCUCUUCGCUACCAUUCACAGGUCCAAGCGGAAAGUCCUAGGACGCCGUGAAUCCGAAGAGGACCGUUCACGAGGUCCUCAAUCACCACCGGUUACCCCUACAGGAAUGGUCCCAGGCCUGACUUCCUCCCUGCCUCGCCAGUCUGGCUCUAUCCAACGUAGCCUACGCAAAUCUGCAACCAGCAGUGACACCUUCAAGGCCCUUCUGCUGAAGAAAGGCAGUCGCUCUGAGACCAGCUUCAGGAUGUCUGCUGCCGAGAUGUUGCGCACCACCGAUCCACGUUUCCAGAGGACUCGCUCUCUUGACUCCUCAUUUGACCCUGCGUCUCCAACUACACCAAAUGCUGACAGCCCCUGCGCUUCUCCGAACCACUACAAGAGGGUGCCUGAGGACUGCGCACGCAAUGAGGGAUUGAUGCGAUGCUCACCAGGGUCACCUUUCUCAACAUCUCCAUCAAUAAUUGGCUCAAGAUAUGGCCGAGCCCGGACCCCACCCUCGGCGGCCAGCAGCAAGUACAAUGCCCGUAGUCGAAUCCUCAGCAGUCCCAUGACUGUUAUCUGUGAAAGGGAAGGAGAGAUUACCGAGAGCGGAGAGUUCUGCGAAGAGCCAACCAUACCCCUUCCCAUCUCUCAGGAUUCUAACAGCACUUUAUGUGAGCAGAGCAGCAGUUAGGAGAAGAAAUGGCUGUCUCUGUAGCAAAGAAAGAACAUCUACACAGCAUCAGAGACUGACUGACUGAUGGCAGAGGACCAAGAAAGGUUGAACUCUGUUUCUUGUGGGUCAUGCAGGGUCUAUUCCAGGCAGUGCCAUGGGUGUCCUGAUGUUAUAGUGUGUGUGGGCUAAGACAUGCUGGGAUCUGAGGUGGCACCAUCAGAUCAAGUGGUCUGAUCAAGCAGUUGGCAGAAAACUGCUGUAUUUGUAGCUCAUCAGAAAAAAGUAAUCAAUCUAAUCAAAUUGUACUUUCUUUUGGAGGGAGCUCAACUUUCUUUGGCAAUACAAGACUCAUCUUUCCAAAGCCUAGUAAUUACUUGUUUUGUUCUGUUAUUCUGUUCAGCUUUUUUAGUUUACCAGCAGUAACUGUAGCGCACAGUCAGAGUUAUGUUUUUUUUUGGUGAGGCAGUUAACAAGCAUGUGAAACGCAGUAAUGAAGGAAUUACUAUGUGACUAAUUGUUUUCGCUAGUAGUUUAAAUUGAUGGAUUUACACAGAUGCAGAAAGAGGAAGUCUGAGUGUGUCGCACCUCAAACUUCACUUCGGCAGCUCUGUCAGCGCCUCUGUCGAUUGCUUUUGUACACUAGUCUUCAAAGACCUUGUCAGAGUUCAACAGAAGAAGAGCACACUGGUGAAAUCUAUAAUAAGACUUUCUUAAAGAUCUCUGGUCAGACUGUUUCAUCAUAGUGUAAGGAAUGUAACAGGAAUUGUCAAACAAUGGCCGAGGGACUGGUGUUUUUUUUUUUUUUUUGGGUGUGUAGGUUUGCACUGUUCAUUGUCUGUCUCCUUUUAUUUGUUGUUCUUUUAAACACAUUGUGUCUGUGUUUGUCAUUGUAAAUGCAAAGAAUUCAUUCUGACAUAGAAAGUACUUGAAAAAAAUUACUGGCUUUAUUUAUAAAUUGUUUUGGUUACCAAAGAGCCUAACAGGACACUCUAACUUGCUGUUUGCCCAGUAAGACUGAAAUAUGUGGGCAUUUAUUAAAUAAAGAGGGAAUGUUUUGUUCUUUUAGCAUCUAUUGAUGAAGUAAAUCUUUGACGUAACCAAGGCUUAAUAACUAACACCUUACCUGUUUACCUGACAAAACCUUUUCAUUUCUUGUGCAGUUUUAUAAUGUUUUUAUGUGUAUAUACCUAAAGAAAUGUUAAGUAACAACUUAUUUUCAAAAGAAUUUGUACAUUUUAGAAAUCUUUGUUAGGAGUGGCUUACUUUUGUAGAGUAUUUAUUUUAGAAUAGCCUGAAGAAUGUGGUUUGAUAUACUGUAGCUGGAGGUGGUGUUUUAGUGGGGAGGUGAAUAAAGUGUGAUUAGACAGAGCCUCGUACAGUCUUUAAGUUUCAUUUUCACCACAGAUGGAAGUUCUGUCCCAUUCCUGCAUCACCCCAAAGAGGAUUAGCAACCUGGAGAAAGAGAUAAUGAACUGAACGAUGGAUGACAAAGAGGAUGCAAGCUGCUAACCCUCUGGAGUAUGUCUGUGUAAUAAAACAUGGUGGUAUAUAAAAAUUGCCCAGCUCUCUUGUGUCUGUCUUUGAUUCACUGCCACCUGUCAGAAGCCAACCCAAACUCAUUAACAUUGUCGCCAUGGCACCCACAGCAGUCCAUCAAAUCCAACGGCUUUAGGAGGUCAUCACUAAACCUCUCCUUCCUCCUUACUGACCAUCAUUGAUUCUGCAAAGCUUGAUAGACUGGCUGUCAUCCUACUGGACUAAUAUUCUCCCACCAUCAUACACAAAACUACCUUUAGGUCUUGUUUAGAACUGGUCAAUUGAUAGUUUCAACCUAGACCUAACAUGUGGUUGAGCCAAACUGCACAACAGGAUCCUUGUACAGUGCAUCCGGAAAGUAUUCACAGCGCUUCACUUUUUUCACAUUUUGUUAUGUUACAGCCUUAUUAAAAAAUGGAACAAAAUUCUACAAACAAUACCCCAUAAUGACAACGUGAAAUAAGUUUGUUUGAAACAAAAUAGCUCAAUAAUUUGUUGAAGCACCUUUGGCACCAAUAACAGCCUCAAGUCUUUUUGUGUUUGAUGCUACAAGCUUGGCACACCUAUUUUUGGGGAGUUUCUCCCAUUCUUCUUUGCAGGACCUCUCAGCUCCAUCAGGUUGGAUGGGGAGCGUCAGUGUACAGCCAUUUUCAGAUCUCUCCAGAGAUGUUCAAUCGGGUUCAAGUCUGGGCUCUAGCUGGGCCACUCAAGAACAUUCACAGAGUUGUCCCGAAGCCACUCCUUUGUUAUCUUGGCUGUGUGCUUGGGGUCGUUGUCCUGUUGGAAGAUGAACCUUCACCCCAGUCUGAUGUCCAGAGCGCUCUGGAGCAGGCUUUCAACAAGGAUGUCUCUGUACAUUGCGGCAUUCAUCUUUCCCUCGAUCCUGACUAGGCUCCCAGUUCCUGCCACUGAAAAACAUCCCCACAGCAUGAUGGUGCCACCACCAUGCUACACUGGAUGAUAUUGGCCAGGUGAUGAGUGGUGCCUGGUUUCCUCUAGACAUGACACUUUCCAUUCAGGCCAAAGAGUUCAAUAUUUGUUUCAUCAGACCAUAGAAUUUUGUUUCUCAUGGUCUGAGAGUCCUUCAGGUGCCUUUUGGCAAACUCCAGGCGGGCUGUCAUGUGCCUUUUACUUGUCUUGCCAAGCUACCACACAGGCCUGAUUGGUGGAGUGCUGCAGAGAUGGUUGUUCUUCUGGAAGGAUCUCCUCUCUCCACAGAGAAACGCUGGAGCUCUGUCUUGGUCACCUCCCUGACUAAGGUCCUUCUCCCCCGAUCGCUCAGUUUGGCCGGGUGGCCAGCUCUAGGAAGAGUCAUGGUGAUUCCACACUUCUUCCAUUUACAGAUGAUGGAGGCCACUGUGCUCAUUGGGACCUUCAAUGUUGCAGAAAUGUUUCUGUACCCUUCCACAGAUCUGUGCCUCGAUAUUAUCCUGUCUCGGAUGUCUACAGACAAUUCCUUAGACUUCAUGGCUUGGUUUGUUCUCUGACAUGCACUGUUAACUGUGGGACCUUAUAUAGACAGGUGUGUGCCUUUCCAAAUCAUGUCCAAUCAACUGAAUUGAUCACAGGUGGACUCCAAUCAAGUUGUAGAAACAUCAAUGAUGAUCGGUGUAAACAGGAUGCACCUGAGCUCAAUUUUGAGUGUCAUGGCAAAGGCUGUGAAUAUUUAUGUACAUGUGAUUUUAAUAGUUUCCUUUUAAUAAACUUGCAAAGAUUUCAAACAAACUUCUUUCAUGUUGUCAUUAUGGGGUAUUGUUUGUAGAAUUUUGAGGAAAACAAUUAAUUUAAUCCAUUUUAGAAUAAGGCUGUAACAUAACAAAAUGUGGAAAAAGUGAAGGGCUGUGAAUACUUUCCGGAUGCACUGUAUACAAUUUGGCUUCAGUGGCAGCAAAGAUAGAGAAAAAAAAUGCAAGUUUCUUCACAUGCAAGUCUUCUUUUGUGCUGAGCAUGUGAACAUGCUAUUGAGGCAAUAGCUACCUCUAAAUAAACCUGAUGAUGAUGCAAAGCGA